AUGAAGAUCUCGUCCUCUUUGGCUCAUUUGUAACCAGCUACACGAGCAGUUGCACCUUUGAAUAGUUUCAUGGUUAAAUACAGGAAACAUACCGUAUCGCGAAAGGUAAAAGAAAGUAUGGUCACGACUUGAGCGGUUUUUGUUUGCCCUCCCCGCGGGCCGCCCGACCUCCGGCCAACGCUGGGGACGGACCCCGCCGCACUCCCGCUUGGUCCGACGUGCUCAGUCUGCUACUGCCGGUUCUUGCGAGAAAAGGCACUUACAAGUCGGGAUAUAACUGCAAGUGGUAGUUACCAAGCAAGGUAAAGAUGCCGAUUUCCGCUUCAACGUCCUUCGCCGGCUUGCUGGCGGCCUACCUCACGACUUCCUAUUCCCCACGAUGUUGCCUGGAGGUUGCCGCUUUGCCCGCCCGGGACAUUGCGUCGAAAAUGGUCGACGCAACGAGCGUGCUGACCAGCAUGUCCAAGGACUUCAACCACAUCGUUCUCGGCGACAACCUGGUGCAUUUUGUAACCGACGCGAAGCAGUUACUGGAACAGUACCUUGCUGAGGCGAAGAUCAAGCGCCAACGGACCAACGCCCAGCGAAACCACGCAGAUGUGACCAGGAAAACGAGUGAGAAGGAACUGGAAAUCCAAGUGGACGACUUGGAUGACGUAAAAAACUUUCUACUUCUUGUUCAUGAUACUAACGAAAAACUUUACAAUGUUAAUGUAGCCUCGCAUAGAAAAACAAAAAUCUGUGAACUUGUAAUGCAGAGAAUGCCACACACACAUGGGUUUGUCUCGCUAAAUCAGUGCGAAGACAUGAAACUGUAAAACCAAACCUCCUUAUUUCUUAGGCGAAAGAAAAGUUCGUCGAGUUCAUGCAAGGGGUCAAAAACGGCGCGCUCUCCGGGGACGACGCCAAAAACGCCGCGGCGGCGCAGGCUAUGCAUUGCAAAUAUGUCUGGGUCUGGAAACUUGUGAUGCUGGGUGCCGUAUCAUGAGGAGAGGAGGCCACAUGUGCUGGCUCAGCAUGGCAAGUUUCUGAGCUCUUCUAGGUGUUGCCUAUUCUGCAUGACAAACUGCGUUUCUGCACGCCAGGAAAGUAGGGCUUCGGCUUUUGGGUAGUGCGCAUGACAGAUUUAAGAGUCAUGCCAAACAAGCAUGACAAACAUGCAUUCUUCCAGAGCCAGACAUAAUAUUUGCAGUUGAUACAGGCGGCGGCCUUGCAAAACGUUCUGAACGUGAUUUCCAGCGAGCCCGGCUAUCCUGUGCAAAAGUAUCGCACUCGUAGUAAUUACCAAUUGCAAAUAUGCAUGACAAAUCUUCUUCCUGCGGUAAAACAGCAUUACAAAUUCCAUUUCUAAUGCUGAGGCAAUUUGUAUUGCGAUUUAUACUAGUACGAUACUUUUACUUUUGCAAUGCAUACCGGCGCCGGGGUGUUAAAAGGCGCCUUGGAGCAGAUGAUCCAAGAUACCAACGAAGACGGGUCCCAGGCCGAGCAGAAGGCCGCAGAACUCGCGGCUCUCACGCAGGACGCAGUGAAGAAGCUGCAGGGGUCGCUCGACUUGACCACGGAACAAAUCGACUUGUUGCUCGUAUCAAAUGCCAAUAUACCUGGGUCUGGAAGGAUGCAAGGUUUGUCAUGCACAUUUCGCAUGACUCCUGAUGUCUGCGAUGCAUGCCCUAGCAUCACAGAUUUUGUGAUGGUCUCCUGAUGCCUAAACCGCAUGAGCAAUGCCCACUCGCCGUCGUAAAAGCUGGGCCUCUUUUGCUGUUCAUGCAAUACAGAUUUUUGUAGAAUCCAGAUUCAGCAUCACAAGUUACAUCCUUCCAGACCCAGACAUAUUUGCAAUGCAUAGCCCGAGCGCCAGACCAACUCGACCGCGGACUUAUCAAAUGCAAAAAUGUCUGGGUCUCGUCUGGAAAGUUGUGAUGCAAGGAAGGGAAUAGUGAGCACACUGUAGUGCGCAGCCCAGCAUGACAAGUUUUUCCGCGGCUCAGAGUUGCGUACUGCGCAUGAGAAACUGCGUUUUUGCAUGACAGAGAAGAGGAGCUCUUUGUGGCCGCGCAAUACAGAGUUGAGACUCAUGCCAGACUAGCAUGACAAAAGUCGCAAUUUCCCAGACCCAGACAUAUUUGCAAUGCAUAGGACUACUUUAAAAACAAGUACGUGUCCGACGCGAUCGACAAGGUUUUGGCCUUGUCGCGGGAAAUAUGACAGUGCACAACUUCUCCUCCCCCUCAUUUGUCAUGCAAACCCCCAAACCCAAAUGCUUCCCUGUGGCACUGUUCGCAUGACAGGUUCCGGAAGCCCAAACAGUACUACACUAGAACUGCAUGAAUUUGUCAUGCACAGGCUCCAAGUGUGCUGGUGUUUGGAUUGCUGUUCACGCAAUAGUACAAAUGAGAGGGAGGGGGAGUUGUGCACUCUCAUAGGAGGACCUCGUGCUGUUUGAGGAUCUCGAUGCUAAAGUAAAACCGAUGGAGCGGACGAACGUGGAAAAAUUGCAGCUGAUCUCGCAGUAUGCAUUGCAAGAGUAUCGUACUAGAGGUAAUGUCGCAUCAGCAUGACAAAUGGAAUUUGUAGUUAUGCGGAAGGAAAUAAACAAGAUUCGCUAUGCAUAAACUGCAAUUAUUACGAGUGCGAUACGUUUGCAAUGCAUGCGUAGCAGAGUCUGGAGAUGUUCAAACUCGCUAAAGACGUGGAGACCUACGAGCAGUGCGUCAGUGCCGGCGGAAACUCGCCCGACCAUAUCCUGUGCAAAAGUAUCGUACUCGUAGUAAUCGCAGUCAUGCAUUAUAAUUUUUUUUACCAAGGUAAAUCCGCAUGGCAAAUUUUAUUUCUCAUGCUGAGGGAAUUUGUAAUGCAUUUAUACUACUACGAUAUUUAGGAACAAAUCGGCCUAGCAAAGAAAAAGGCUCCUAAACGCCGACCAAAUGAAAACAAAACGGCAACUAACGGGGCAGAAAAGCACGAAAGGGCGGCCCAAGAGCGCCCCGGCCUUUUCAGGUUGUGCCCCUUCUACCCUGACGCGCGCGCCCUCGUUCCGUGUGCCAAUUGGCGGCCUUCGGUGGCACCAGCGGGAGCAGCGCGAAUUCCUAUGCGCGGCUGUGCGCGCAUGCCUUCUGGGCUGUCCGGCCACCGGCGUGCUGCUUAGCGACUAUCGCGAGGACUAUUUUGCGACAAGCACCCUCAAAGCAGACGCGCCGCUUUUUGACAGACGCGCAGGCUCCGUAGCGGUGCCGAGGGGAAGUCGUGCGAAUGUCGGACCAAGCAUUGCGGCCCUCUGUGUGGGGUAAAGCUAGUAGAGGGCCAAACGAGGACUCCUCCGCCCUUGUCUGCCCCAAGGUCGCGAGAUGUUGAGUCAGGUCGGAAGAGGGGCGGGGGAAUGAACCGACCUGAAGGCCACAGAAAAUGCGAAGGGAAGGGCGAAAAAAGAACAGCAACAGGCGCCACGGGAAGGCCUCGACGGCCCGUCGGGAAGCCGCCGGCCCGUCCUCAGACACGGUGGGAUUCUCGAUUUUUUCCGGUUGGGAGGGGCCCCCAACCGGAGAAAAUGGAGCGCCCCACCGUGUCUGAGGACAAACCGGCGGCUUCCUGGCGGGCCGCGAGGCCUUCCCGGCCGGUGCGCCUGCACGUAGCUGUAUGGCCUGCCACAUAGCGGCCCCUUCCCCUUGUCCCUUUCCUUGAGCCUUUCCUUCGGAUUUUGGUAGAUUUUCGGCAAAUUUUUGGGAGCUUUCAAAAACGCAGAGUGAUACGCACUCCGCCUUUUUUUUGACACGCAAAGUGACACGCAGAGUGACACGCACACUGAUACGCACUCGUCAAACACGACCUGUUUCUCGUUUUUGACGAGUGUGUACUGUCAAACCGCUCUGUAAAUUGACACGCAGUGAGUGCGUGUCAGUGCGUGUCACUUUUACAGACCGGAGAGAGGUUUUGGAAAGUUUUGGAAAUAUCCUUCACCGACGGUAUUGUGUGACACGCACUCACUGCGUGUCAAGUGCGUGUCACUCUUCACGCCUGUAUUCUCGCCACCAGCGAUUCGGUCGUGCGUGUCACUGCGUGUCACCAGAAUAUAGGUGCAAAAAGUGACACGCACUGACACGCACUAGAUGCGUGUCACUACCAUACCGUGCAGGAGAGAGACAACGCCUGUCGUCUUUUGGUCUUCCCCGAUGGUAUACGGUGACACGCACUGAGUGCGUGUCACUUUUUGCACCUAUAUUCUGGUGACACGCAGUGACACGCAUUGCGGUACGCAAGUGACACGCAGUGUGACACGCACUGCGUGUCACUUGCGUAUCACUUUGCGUGUCAACUGCGUGUCACUUUUUGGACUCAACUGCGUGUCAACUGCGUGUCACUUUUUGGACGUUUUGCUUGUCUGAGCGUGUUCAUUUUUUUGCGCCUUUUCUUCCCGAAUUCGACUGCCUUUUUUUGCGCCACAUUCUGCUUUUUUGAACAACAGAAAAUACGGCUUUUUUCUGUACUUUGGCAGCUCCAAGUUGAAGAAAAAGGCCGCGCUGUAUGUUUUGCUGCAGAAAGUACUCAAGACCGGCGCCCCCGCCCUGCUGGCGGGGGUCGGUUGGCCGGCAUGGGAGAGAGCACGAAGCGCCCGGAAAAGGGAAAAGAGGCCUUUUCCUGAAACUUGGCGGCCCGAAGUUGCAGAAAAAGGCCUCCAAAUGAUUGCCGCGAGCAAGUGCGCGCGCUUGGUCUGGCUUGGCUUCUUUGGCUCGGGCGAUGCUUCCUCGCUAUUGUUGGGCGCGCAGCUGGGCGCGCGGUUGGGUGCAAGCCGGCUUCUUGGCUGCGAUAGCUGCGAAGAAACGAAAAGACGAGCUUUUUCUGCAACUUGGCGGCCCCAACUUGUCGAAAAAGCCUGUCAGCCGAGACCUGUUGAACAAGACCGCUGCGCCUUUUGCUGCUGCCUGGCCGGAGGGGCCCGGUGACCUUCCGCCCUAGGCCCUCCCUCGCAUUUGUGCCUGGCCGCUAACUGAGGCCUUUUCUGGAAACUUGCAGCUGGGAACUUGUCCAAUUUGCGCGUCUUCUUUUUGUGUUUCUUGUUGUGGGCUCUGGGGCCAAAGGAAACACUUCGACAGCGCCACUCCCUAUCGCCGCCUGGCGUCCCAUGGCCAUGGUAGUGGACAUUUUGAGCGCGUUUCAGAAGCCACCCAGUUGCUAGGCCGAUUUCACUCCGACGAUAUGUUUGCAAUGCAUAGACCACUGUCUCGGGCAAAUCGGCCGCACCUACGCGUCUGGUAUGGCGCCCAAGGAGGAUCCGAACAUAUAUGAGACUCUCAAAUGUCACAUUCUCAAUUGUUACAUGAAUUUGUCAUGCAAAAGUACCUUAAGCGUGCAGAUCAGCAAGCUGCUUCGCAUGACAAAUUUCCGAAGGGCUAGACAGUAUCUAAAUCUGUGCCAAAUCUGUAUUGCAAGAGGCGCAAUGUUCCCCCUUUCGCUUUUGCUAUUUUUGCAUCACAAAUUCAUGUAACAGUUGUUGAGAAUGUAACAUUUGAGAACUCCAUAACAUCAUCUCCUACAUUGGUUGCUUCCGCGACAAGGGCCGGCGCGCCAUGCCCGUGAAGCGGUCCGGCUCGUUCACGGUGAAGAGGUGCUCCGAGGCGUGCGGUGCAGACUUCCAGUUUUUAUGGGAGUGUCAGGAUCGACGAAAUCGACAAAAUUGAAAUGAUUUUUGUCAUGCAUAAAACCGAUUCCAGUUGGGCCCCAAUUAAUAAGUGGCGCAUUACAAAUUCUGUCUGCAUUGAAAUCCAAUCUGUCAUGCUGUUUCGGUCAAGGAAGGCUGCUUUUGUCAUUCUCCGUCGUAGCGCCGCCGUCUCUACCCCUAAGGAGAGUUACAAUUAGCCUCAUUUGUCAUCGUCGCAAGACAGGCUCUUUGUGCCUCGCACUUUAUGCAUCGCAAAUUAUUUAUUCAACAUUGUUGCUUUCGGUCUUGACGCUUCCAUAAAUUUUCGGCGUGCAGUACGGGUCGGAGUGCUUUUGCGCCAGAUCCGCCUCUAUCAAAUGCAAAAAUGUCUGGGUCUGGAAGAUUGCAAGAUUUGUCAUGCCUGUCUGACAUGACCAAAAAGUUUGUGAUGCGUGUCCAAGAAGAGACACGCUUUCCUGUCAUGCAAAAACGCAGUUUGUCAUGCGAAAAACGCAACACAAAGAAGCGCAGAUGUUUCUGCUCAUGCUUGCCUGUGCAACAUUACAGAGCAUCCACUAUCUUUCCCAACGCAGCAUUACAACUGUUUCCAGACCCAGACAUAUUUGCAAUCCAUAGCCUCCGAAUACGCCAAGUACGGGGAAAAACCGGAAAAGGACUGCCAGGGCCCGGGCCGGUCCCCGAAGUGCGUGGACGGUAGCGACACGCACUGCGGCGGCCCGUGGAGAAAUGCGGUUUACAAGCAACCGAAAUCGAUGGUGGGCCUGUUCUUCUUGCAGGGGAAGCAAAGUAGAGUAGGCGGGGGACAACUACAACUAGUGGCAUCGGCGAACAACCGUCAACAGAAGCCGAAGAGCUACUCGUUUCUGCAAACGGACGCGCGAAACAAGAACCAGCAGAAUUACAGAACCUCCUCAUCAACAUUUUUCUCGGCUGGUACAGGGAACAAAAACAGCAAGCCAAUCAUCGCCAAGAUAUCUUCUACGAUAUGAAUUGCAAAAGUAACGUACUAGUAUAAAUUGCAAUACAAAUUGGCUCAGCAUUACAAAUCAAAUUUGUAAUGCGGAUUUGCCUUAGGAACGAUAUUUGUAAUGCAUAAAUGCAAUUAGUACGAGUACGAUACUUUUGCACAGGAUAUACGAAGAAGAAACUUGCACUGGCGCGGAACCGGCUGCGAAACGCGGUCACAAACUUCUCAAAGAUGAACAAAGCGGAAAUCAUCGAGAGCUCCGCCCCAAGUCCGAUUUUCCGAGCGGUAGAAGAGGAGGCGCCGGCAGGAGCUGGUGCAACAAGUUCUUCUACGUCGAUCAUGGGGGCUGAUUCGAAUUCCGACGAAGACGGAGCCGCGGGAAGUACCACUGGAACAACAGCUGGAACAGGUGCAGUCGCAGCUAAACAGGAGACUCUGGCGCAGCAGAAAAAGAUUCAACUGGCGUCCGAUUUGCUGCGGAACGUGGGGCUGGCGCUCCGGGACCCGGCGAUGCAGGAAUUUGGGAAGCGGAUGAACAAAAACGACUUGCAGACGAAUCUGAACGCCCUGAAUUUGUUCGCGCAACAGAAAGUCGACAGCACGGGUGGAGCGGUACUAGCGACGACUUCUACUUUUUCAAUGUUUUCCUCUGGAGCUGCGGCUUCAACAUCUACCACGACCAGCAGCCGCCAGACCCCGUGCACGACCGCGGCACUAGACGCCGCGAGGGAGAAGGUUUCUACUGCUUUGGACAUGAAACUGAAAGAGGAGAAAAAGCUCGUGGACGCGAAGGGCAAGCUCGCGGUGCAGGAGGCGAUAUGGGGCUCUCAAACGUUACACUCUCAACUGUUACAACAUGACUUGUCAUGCAAAACUACCAUCAUCAUCCACACGAUCAAGCUGCUUUGCGUGACAAAUCUGCGAAGGGCUAAACAGCGCCUGAAUCUGUGGGGAAUUUGUAAUGCUACAGGUGAAACCUCCCCCCUUUGACUUUUGCCAUUCUUUCAUUACAAAUUCAUGCAGCAGUUGAGAAUUUAACGCUUGAGAACUCCAUAGGCGAUUGGCUCCGUUUCGGAAACUUCGAAGAAGCUCGAGAACCACCUGCUGGAGCUCGGUGGGGAGACGUGGCAGAUAUGCAGUGCAAAAGCAUCGCACUAGUAGUAAAAGUAAUCGUAGUACAGCAUGACAAACACAAAUGUGGUUUCUUCGGUAAAUCUUCAGCAUUACAGUUUAUUUUCUGGAAAGAUUUGUAAUGGUAUUUGUAUUUCUAUUAGUACGAUGCUUUUGCAUUGCAUAGCACAAGGUGGACAGCAAGUGUCAGGAGAUUCUGACGAAGCUCGACGAGGAGAAGAAGGUCGUCUUCGAGGAGUUAACCACCCUCGCCAGCCAGAACGCCACUGCAGCGUCGGACGAAAGUAAUGCCGCUGCAGGGGUCAUUCUUCCGAAGCUCCUUGCAGAGGAGGUGACGCACAAGGUGGCCCGGUUCGAAGAGGAGGUGACGGACUUCCGGGACCACUUGGGAGAGCAGUGCCUAAAUCACGCGAUCGAGAUUAUGACGACCAUCGAGAACCAUAUGGGCUCGGAACUGUACGAGAGCACCACCGGUGCGAGUGCGGAAGAGUUUGCGACGGUUAAGCAAGACGUCGUGGACCAAGAAAGCGAGGUGGAGAAGGCAAAAACGGCGCUAAGCGCCGCCCGGAAGGAGUUCGACGACCUGGCGAGCAGCUGCCCCGGCAGCCCCGCGGAGUCCUCCGGGGCGGUGUCGCUGGCUGCCAUCCGCUUCGCGGAGAAGGUUUUGGAGUCGGGAGCGGAGCUGAAGCCGGAGGUUGGGGCGAUGACAGUGUAAAAGUUCUUUAGUAGAUGGGGACCACCGCGGGCCGCUCGACAAGAAAGCGAGCAAGAAAGUCCUCUACGGUUGUUCUUCUUUUCCAGACAAUAAACAAAUCUGUAUAGUUUUUUCCUGUCAAGAUUUUUGUCAAGUCAUCACCCACUUCCCGCUCGGUGCUGGUUGUAUUGCGAAAGAAAGUGUUGAUCUAUGAAAUGAGUACAACUACGACCAAAUAUGAAUAUCUGUUCACGCCCCGACGUAAGAACUAUGUCACUCUCACUUCUGAAGAUGUCGCCCAUGAGAUAAAAGCCAAAUUUCAGGCGAUGUCAUAGACACGCCGGGGCCGGUGAGAGCUGUAGUGGUCGUGGGGAAAUAAACACGAAGAUGAAGCACUACUAGAACUAGUACCCAGACUCAGAAGGAACAUGAUGAACAACGAAGAAGUAUUUAGCUACGUAUACAUAGCUGUUUUUAAACGAAAACUCAC